AUGCAUCUAUUAUUCCUAGCUGCAUGUCUGCAAACAGCAGCAGCAUUGAAUAUAUUUCCAUAUCAAAAUGCUUCACUCCCCCCCAAACAGCGCGCAGAUGAUCUUCUCUCUCGCAUGACAUGGCAAGAAAAGAUCGGCCAGACUGGAGGAAACAGACGAUUACUAUCGGAUAAUCUCUUCUUCAACAAGACUCUUUACGAUAUUCUAUAUCCACUGGAAAAUGGCAACAUUGGAUAUGGAUCACAAGCAAAUACUGCUCAGGAUGCCAUUCCUAUCGUCAAUAGGAUUCGUACCUCUGAAUACAACAACUCUCGACUUCAUAUCCCCUACAUCACCGUGACUGACUCAGUUAAUGGCAUCUAUCUCCGUGGUGGUACUCUCUUCCCCAGUACGCUGGCAGUGGGCUCAUCGUGGAAUAUUCCACUCUAUCAAAAGGUCGUCGCAGCCAUCCGAGACGAGAACAUGGUCAUCGGAACACACUGGGUUUUAUCACCGGAGCUAGAUCUCGCCCAAGAUCCUCGCAAUGGUCGACUGGGAGAAAUGUAUGGCGAGGAUGCUUAUCUCGUCGGUGAAUUUGGCAGUCAAUAUGUUCGAACAAUGCAGGAAAAGGACGAGGAUGGAUUCGUCAAGGUGGCCACGACUGUUAAACACUUUGUCUACGGAGCGUCAAAAGGGGGAGUCAACACGGCCAGCAUGCAUGGGGGAUUGAAUUACAUCUUCAAUGAGGUCGGAUUACCAUUCAUCAAGGUCAUCCAAGAAGCGAAGCCGCUGUCUCUGAUGGCAUCGUAUGCCAGUGUGGAUUGUGUGCCCGUGGCUGCCAAUGAGUAUCUGCUGCAGGAUAUACUCCGCAACACCAUUGGCUUCGAUGGACUCAUCAUGUCCGAUGCCGGUGAAGUCCUCCAUCUGUAUACUCAGUCCAAGGUUGCCGGUUCAGAGAAGAGAGCUGCUCUGUGGGCUCUACAGGCUGGGCUGGCGAUUGAACUGUCGCCAGGGAAGCGAGGAACAUUCCCAACAUUGAUCGAGAGUGUCAACAACACCAAGAUUGCCUCCUUGGUAGACAAGGCAGCUCAUCAAGUCUUGGAGAUCAAGUUUGCAACUGGCCAGUUCGAACGCCCUCUUCCAUCCAUGGCCAAGUUGAAUGCGACGUUGCGAUUGGAAAGUCAUCUGGAGGUCAACAGGAAUAUCUCCCGCGAAGCCAUUGUCCUGCUGCAGAAUGAUGGAACUCUUCCUCUGCCCAGAAAUACCACGAAUAUCGCUCUUUUAGGCCCCUUUGCCGAUAUCAUCAAUGCAGGCUCAUAUGCAUCCUUUAAUUCAACCGAUCGCUCUCUGGGCCACUCCUUCAAACAAAGUCUGCAAAACGAGUUUGGAGCCGACCGGGUGCAAUAUAUCCCAGCCGUGGAUUUCAUCGACACGAGCAAUCGGUCAGGUAUCGCAGGCGCUGUGGCAGCUGCAAAAGAAGCCGGGCUGGCAGUUUUGAUGCUCGGAUCACUCUCUGUUGAUACAGAUGAUCCUCUUUUCUCGAAGCGAACAGACGGCGAGUUCUUCACGCAUGCCGAUCUGGGCUUCCCUGGGUUGCAGCAAGACCUCAUCGACGCUGUCUUGGAUACUGGAGUCCCGACUAUCUUGAUUCUAUCCGGAGGCCAACCAUUCGUGUUGAACAAUUCUACCCUUCGAGCGAAUGCUAUCAUCCAUUCCUUCCUCGGUGGAGAAUUCACCGGCGAUGCUUUGGUCGAAAUUAUCAAAGGGACUGUCAAUCCAAGUGGGAAGCUGACCAUCAGCAUGCCGCAACACUCAGCUGCUAUUCCCAUCAACUACAACUACCUCCCAUCCGACAAUGAAGGGGGCAUGGGAUCGAUGACUGGUGUUCAGUCUCCAGCGUGGCAAUUCCCCCUCUUAACUCGUGAUGUCCCCAUGCCAUUUGGAUAUGGACUGAGCUAUACGACAUUCAACAUUUCCAAACCAAUCAUCAAGGUGCAAGGGCAAAAUGUGACGGUGGCAGUGUCCGUGACCAACGCGGGAAAAGUGAGGGGAUCCGAAGUGGUGCAGGUCUACUUCCGGGAAAAGCAUACAAAGCGACCAGUCGAAACACCGGUCAAGAGGCUAGUAAGAUUUGCGAAGGUGGAGAUAGAAGCUGGACAUGUGGAAAGAGUGACUUUCACAAUUCCCAUCAAGGAACUGGGAUAUUAUUUCAACACCAAGUGGGGAGUCGACGGGGGAUUGUAUACAUUCUGGGUGGGCUCGAGUUCGAAAGACCAGGAUUUGCAGAGUGUGGAGAUGGAAAUUGAGGUCUAAUCAUGGCGUGAUUAUCAUGGUACAGAAUGCAAUUCUUGUUUGACGUAUGUUCAUGGCUGAAUGAAUUAUUUCUGUCAUUGUGUCUCUGCAUAUCAUUUCCCGAUUAGGAAAUCCACCGACAUCCGGAUGGACGCCGACAUCCGUAGAUUGUUGCGCCAUCGCCAUCACAUUUUGUUGGAUAUGGAUUGAAUAUAAAUCAUAGAAGUCGAAUACCAUCCUCC